AUGGCGUCUUCUCUCAACCCAGCGUUUGCCUACACGGUUGUGUACGUGAAGGACGUAGCCAAAUCAGUGGCCUUCUAUGCCGAAGCCUUUGGCUACAAUGUUCGUCGCUUAGACGAAUCCCACAGAUGGGGAGAGCUGGAAAGCGGGCAGACCACGAUAGCGUUUACUCCGCUGCACCAACACGAGACUGACGAGCUAACCGGUGCGGUCCAGAUCCCUGGGUCCGGCAGCAUGAGACAGGCAAUUGAGGUUUGCUUUGCGUACGCGGAUGUUGAUGCUGCCUACAAGAGGGCGGUGGAGAGCGGUGCAGUGCCGGUGAGCGAGCCGGAGACGAAAGAAUGGGGCCAGAAAGUUGGUUAUGUGCGUGAUAUUGACGGGAUUGUGGUGAGGAUGGGGAGCUACGUGAACCCACCCAAACGAGACUGA